GGUGGUGUAGGUCGCAGCGCGUCUUUCAAGUACUGCGUUAUGUUUUCAAUAUGCGUGAAAAAUGGCAACAAUUAAUUCUGAAAUCCCACAUCGUCGUCGUGCGAAUUCAGCGGAACCAAAAACCAGCUAUUUGGUGCAAAAAUUUUCCAAAUUGGUUUUAAAUGGAAGUAACAGUCAAACUGUCAUGCAUCCCAAAGAUUCCAGCGUCAAGCGGAAACCAUCUCUACACCAGUCCAAGUUCUUCAAUCCCUUUGCUCGUCUUGCUUCCUUUAGCAAAAGAAGAAAAACUGCUAAAAUUAAAGUUCCACCAUUGAAUUUCUCUCAAUCAUAUGCUGAAUUAAUUCUGGAACUUGCGUACACAUCUAAUUUAACACGUCAAGUCAUAAGACCAUUUAAUCGGUAUCAUUUAGUAAAUCAGUUGACUGAAUGUGCACGCUUAAUUCGUGGACGUAUCGCAUCUGGUGCUGCAUGUAUUCAGUUUCCCUCUUCAAAUGAUACCGAAAACAGUAAUCAGCGUUUAGUUGAUAAUCGAAUGAUCAUGGAUAAAAUUGAUCAGUUGAAUGAAGCGCAUGCACUGUUUACCGAUUGGAUUAAUAAACUAUCCUCAGCGGAGUUUGUAAAUAACCUAUUCGGUCCAACUAUUAUUCAUACUACUGAUGAAACGAAUCAUAUUUAUCAACAAAUUCUUCCAUCUGAAUCAAGUUAUACUGUACAGGAUAGUAAUUUAUUACAAGAUUUACAAAAUGAUGGAGAGCUAUUGUUCUGUCAACUUCAAUCAUGUGCUCUAUCUGUCUUUGAAUUACUCAAAACUGUUGGAUACACCUCUUUCAUUGAACCAUCACGUAUGGAAGCUUCAUUAUAUGAAUGUUGUUACUCACAGAAUGAAUCAUAUCCAUUUGGUUGUAAGAAAAAUGAUCAUGACAAACAAAUCAGUGAUACAGAAGUACAAACUAAUCAUUCCAGCUAUAAUUCGAAUAUUGCUGUAUCAACGACAAGAACAUCUAAUGUAUUCACUACAGAAGAUCGUGAAUUAUUAGCUAAACUUUGGCGUUAUCUAGAUCCUACUAGUAAUGUGUUUGGCAAUAUUUCGCCACCUCCAAAACCUCCACUUCCAAACUCCUGUCCGCUUAAUCUUUCAUUCUCAGAUCGUCGUACAGAAAUAACUAAUAGUUCUACAAAUCAUUCCUCUACUCCCCUGAGUUUAAAUCCAUUUGAUGAUCCUGAUUUAGUUGCCUAUCUUUGUACAAUUGCUUCUACUGCACAACAAAAAUAUCCUACUGAAUUAAGUCCUAGAAAAUGUGAUUCAACUUCAAAAGGAGAAUCUUUACUACUAACCUCUGGGCUGGAUUUGAAUGCAACUGAACACUUGAGUUUUCCACUGGUUGAUGAGUCAGAUCCGAGUGAUACGGAAUCAACUAUACACCAUCCUAACAAUUCAACUGAAUUUAAGAAUUUUCAUCGAAAGCAAUUACCUGAUACAAUAACACGCGAUUCUUUACAUCCCACUAUUACAAAUUUCAAGUUACAUAAUGGAUAUCGCGAUGAAAAAAUUCAUCAGAAUGAUAAAAGUUCAUUUAAUUCUACACAUUUCAAUCCAUCUAACUGUAAUGGGAAAUUUUUUGAUCAGAAUACUGCUAAUCGAAAGAUUCCAUAUCAGCCGGAAAAGUGUUGUAAAUACUGGUCGAGAUCUAUGUCUACCUCAGAGGCUAACAAUCCACUCAGUGAUAGCUUAAUGCAAGAACAAGUAGCAAAAAUGGUAAUGCACUUACAAGACAGUGAUUUACAUACACAACAACUUGAAAACUCCUUAAUUACAUCUACACCAAGUACAAGUAGCUGGAUUACUGGAAAGGCUACUACUUUUACUACUAAUUUCAAUCCAACUGAUGAAAAUCGUUCAAUUACACAUGGAUUAGUCUGUCAUGAACCGAUUACUGAAUCAAUUAAUGAUAAUCAAUCACCUAUUUGUCAUUCUGAAGUAAAAUCUGAUACAGAAGAUGUUUAUGAGGUAAUUGAAGCGAACGGUAAAAAGUAUCGACGUUAUUUUCAACGACGUGUUGUCAUUGAACGACAUAAAGUUAGUGAAGUUAUACUAGCGCCUUCACUACCAGAUGGUACAGGACCAGAUUUGAGUCGAGUUAUAAUCAGUCGAUCUGAUCAAAUGAAUACGAAGUCGAUCAAUGACAAUGAUCAUACAGAAUACCCAAAUGAAAGUGAUCCAUCUCUGAAUACUUCCAAUGGUUCCCCUUCGAAUCGUCUCAUUAUUUCCAGUUAUCCUAUAUCUCAACUGAAUCCAGAUUGUGUAGAUACUUUAAGUGUUGAAGCUAGUGAAAUGAAAGACCCUUUAGAUUAUGUCGAUUCAGAUGGAUCAAAUCUGGCCGUCAUUGAUGCUGAACCUCCAAAACCACCGUUACCAAAUGAGAAACCAUUGGUCAAUUACAUGUUUCGAUUUGGAUCAUCCGACUGUGAUAAUCCAGAUGAUGAACGACGUUUAUCGAAUCAAUUGAUUGACUUCUUUCGUGAUCAGUGGUUAAAAGAGGAAUCAGCUGCAGGUCCACAUGAACGUAAAAAAAUUAUUUCUUAUAUUCAGCGAUAUACACAACCAACUGCUUCUGGAAAUGUGAUUCAUAGAGCAACAUGUAUUCAGCAUACAUGCACAGUUCGAAUGGUUGGAGGUGUGCAAGGUCUAAAAGCUCAGGCAAGUCGUAAUGCUGGAAUGAAACUACUGGAUACAUUAUCAGAUGAUGAAGUAUCAGAUAGAAUAUCCUGUAGUUCACUUAAUUCAUCAUCUAAUGAAAUAGUAACAACAUCUUUAUCUGGAAAGGCAAUAACAGCUCAUCAGUUGGAAUUAUCUUCAGACUUGUCAUCCUGUGGUGGUCCUGAAUCACAAAUCACUAUAACUAGUGGAGAGACAGACGAUGAGGAGAUACAAGAAGAUGUAAUACCCACUGAAACUGUGGAAAAAGAAAUAUAUUUACCUUCACAAGUUGUUGCAACUACUACUGGGUUGCCUAUUCUAAGUCUCUUAAAAGCUAACGAAUACUUGAUAUGGAGUGACCGAAAUACUGUAAAUGAUAUCUCUGUACAUGCUGGAUGUAUUGAUGCUUUAACUGUAUAUAUGACAUCAUACGGGCGUAUGUCACCAUCAUAUUACCUGUUCUUUGAGACGUUUCUUUUCAUGUAUCGAUCAUUUAUGACGUCUGAGGAAUUAGUGGAUCGUUUGAUUACACGAUAUCAAUAUUUCAGUAAACCACCGGAUCAAUUUCCUCAUCUAACAAAACUGACACCGGAUAUUAGAUCAAAAGUUUGCAAUUCUACUGUAUCAAUACUAGUGACUGUAGUUUCACGUCUAAAACAAGAUUUAAACAAUGAAUUACUUCAAGUGCUUGAAAAUUUUGAAAAAACUCUUUCAAAAGAUGGAUAUGAUUCAUUAAGCCGAAUACUACACAUAACAAUCCUUCGACAAACUCAAGAAAAGCUUCAAAUCUACUCCACUCCAAGCACAGAACUAAUAAAUCAUAGUCAUAAUCAUAGAUCUGACUCACCGUUAUCACAUGGUCGAGCUUCAUCACUUUGUGAUAUACCAUUGCCUGAUUCGAUGCUAAAUGAAAGUUAUACAGACAAUCAAAGUCCUGGAUAUGAUGAAGAUGUUGGCUUCAUUACUCUACCUAAAGUGAAAUCUAAACGUUCUCAAGUUAUUGAAAGUGUCGAUCGGUAUUCAUUGGUUGAAUCCAUUGAAAAUGAUCAUUCUAAUUCACCAAUUAUGCAUUCGUUUACAUCUAAAAGGAUAAUGUUGAAUUCAUCAAAAAAUGGACUUGGUCUGCUUAACUUUUCUGCUAAAGCUUUAGCUGAACAAUUCACCUAUUUGGAAUGCUUAAAUUAUUAUAAAAUUGAGGUCACUGAACUACUAGAUAUUUCUAAAUUAGAACGUGGCAAAGCACCUGGUGUAGCUGCAUGUGCACGUCAUUUUACAGCUGUUUCUAAUUGGGCUACUUAUCAGCUUUUAUACUUAUCAAAUUCUUCAGAUCGAGAUAAAAUUGCUAAUCGUCUAUUAGAUGUUAUGGAGCAUUUAUACAAACUUCAAAAUUUUAGCACUUAUCUCUCCUUACUCUGUGCAUUCCUUCUUGUACCAGAUGCUUUGUUCUCCCGUAAAACGCGAAGUCGUCUCAGUCGUAUCACACCAUACAUGCAACCUCCUUACUUUUCAAAAUAUCGUCGUGAUCUAGAAGCUGCCAAUCCUCCUUUAAUACCCUAUUUAGGUUUAAUGCUACAAAAUUUAGUUGUUUUAGCUCAAGGUAAUCCAUUAUACUAUAAAACUCCACCUACACAACUAGCUGACAGAUAUCAGUUGUGUCAUGGUCCUAUAAUAAAUUUCUGGAGAUGUUGGAAACACUUUCUUAUUAUACACUUUUUUGUGAAACAAGAAAAAAUGGAUCCUGAAAAAUCACGUUAUUCAAUUCGUCCAGAUGAAGAUAUUUUACGAUUUUUUAAUGAUUUUGAAAAUUCUUUACCAGAAGCAGAAUUACGUCGUUUAGCAAAUCGUCUACGUCGAAGUAUGACAUGAUAAGAUAUUCUUUAAAGAGAUUUAUUAUUUGUAUAAACUUAUCUUGGUGUAAUAUGUUUGUUCACAUAUAUUGCUCAUCUAGGUUAUACUUGUAUAUAAAAAAACAUUUACAACAAGUACAGUGAUAUUCUCUCCAGUGUAUAUUACUGUUCCUGCGUACAUCUAUUCUUUUGGUUAUACACAUUUCAAGGAAUAUUAUCUUGUUUGUUUGUUUGUUUUGUCUUCUAGUACUUUCCUCCUGACCAUCAUCUUAAUUCUGUUUCCUUUCAGUGUUCAUCCUAUCCAGCAGAUUAUUAUGUUUCAAUAUGUUUUUAUAAACUGAACAAAUUUACGUUUUUAGAAUCUCUAUUGUAUACAAACUACCAUUAUUUAUCAGCCUUUGGAGAAGUGAUUGUUUACCAGUGUGUGUGUGUGUGUGUGUGUGUGUGUGUGUGUGUUCCAAAUGCGAUCUGUCAAGCGUACAGAUUAUCGCCUUCAGAUGAGUUUUAUACGUGAAGUAGUGAUAAACUAACGAUGAUGAUGGUUUCUGCUACUUGCCGAGCAUUCCUUAUCAAUACUAUAUUAUUUGUGACUUUAUUAUUACAGUAAGCAUGCAUACCUGUUACUCUUCUAACCUGUAAAUAAUUAUUGCACUAUUUUACAAAGUUCUCAUUUAAGUGAUAUAAUUGACUGGCGUUCAUAAUAUUCUUUUCUAAAGUCGUUUUUUUCUUUAUUUCACUUCAUUUAAUCUGAAUAAUCUUUAUUUGUGUGAUUUUCUGGACUUCUUUUCUCUAUGGUUGAAUCGUGCAGUUUUUUUAACUUGUUAUUCAUAUGUUAUACUACUAAUAAUGACCGAUAAUAUCAGUAGUAUAUAUAUAUAUUAAAGAAACCACUUGUAACAGAUAAUAUAUACAUAGAUACGUAUUGUAAUCCAAUGUACUGUAAAUUCAUAAUAUUUUCUUUUAUAAUAUAUAAUAUCAAAAGAAAGACCCACAUUCUCAUAGAUUUAAGAUUGUUAUUUACUGAUAAGCAGCCUUAUUUGCAAAGCGUUUUUUCCGAAGUAGGAAUUAACGAUGUUGGAUUGCUGAUGAAUGUGUAAAUAGAGAUAUUUGGAUAUUCUUUAAU